AUGUCGCGCCGGGCCCUCCGGAGGCUGCGGGGGGAACAGCGGGGCCAGGAGCCCCUGGAGCCCGGCGCCUGGAAGCUGGGACCCGACGGACACGAUGGCGGCGACAGCGACGACGACGACGACGAGGUCGGUUCCGGCCGGAGGCGACCGGGGCCGGACGGGACGGUGAUCAGGAACCUGUACGAGCUGAUAACCAGGGAAGAGCCCGAGGAUGAGCCACUCUCCAAAGGGGGAAAAACAGAUUCCAGGCUGAAGGAGCAUGAAGGCCCAGGGGACAGUGAAGAGACUGAAGAUGGAGCAGUAGAGGGUAGCAAGCAAGGAAAUGGAAAAGGAAAACAGGAGGACCAGAAAAAAUGCAAUUCUCAGUCCAAUUCAGGUAAUAAGCUCAGGAAGAAAAAAAAGAAACAGAAAAACAAGAAAACUACAGGAGGCCAAACUCUGGAAGGUGAUGGGUUGGAGGAUAUUGACAGGAUUCUUGAGAAAAUAGAAGAUUCCAGUGAGCUUUCAACCCAGCCCCAAAUUGGCGUCAUCACAGAGAGCCGGCCCCUACUCUAUGUGGAACACAGAAACUUGAAUCCGGAGACAGAGUUGAAGAGGUAUUUUGGAGCUCGGGCUGUACUUGGAGAUCAAAGGCCCCGACAGAGGCAGCGCCAGUAUCACCACAGCACGUGGUUGACAGCCCCCAAGGACACCUGGCCCCGGUACAGCAAAACAGGUAUCACAAUGCGUCUGCUGGAGAUGAAAAGAGGAGUCCAGUACUUUACAUUUGAACAUCAUCGAGAGUAUCAGCAAGUGCAGUUUAAGUUCCUGGAUGCAGUAGAAUCAUUGGAUCCCAACAACAUUGUGCUUCUGCUCCAGAUGAACCCCUAUCAUAUAGACUCGCUGCUGCAGCUCAGUGAUGUAUAUAGACUCCAGGAGGAUCAGGAGAUGGCUCGAGAUCUCAUAGAAAGGGCUCUGUACAGUUUGGAAUGUGCGUUUCACCCCGUGUUCAGUCUCACUAGUGGAACCUGCCGACUGGAUUACCGCAGACCUGAGAAUCGAGCUUUCUACCUGGCUCUGUUCAAGCACAUGAUUUUCCUAGAGAAACGAGGCUGUCCUCGGACAGCCCUGGAGUUCUGCAAGCUUAUUCUAAGCCUUGAUCCAGAGAAUGACCCUCUAUGUUUGCUGCUGAUUAUUGAUUUGCUCUCACUCCGGGCCAGGGACUAUGGGUUUUUGAUACGCAUGUUCCAGGAAUGGGAGAGUCACCGCAACCUGUCCCAGCUUCCCAACUUUGCCUUUUCCGUGCCCUUGGCGUAUUUCCUUCUGAGUCAGCACGAAGACCUCCCGGAAUCAGAGCUUAGCUCUGCAAGGGAAAGUGCCUCUUGCCUAAUCCAGAGGGCACUCAUCAUGUUUCCCGGCGUUCUCAUGCCUAUGUUGGAUCGUUGUAGUGUGCAGCCGGACGAUGCUGUUCUGUCCCAUCCUUUCUUUGGACCCAACACUCAGAUAAGCCAACCUCCGGCCUUGACCCAGCUAGUCGCCCUGUACCUAGGGAGGACUCACUCCUUCUGGAAAGACCCCACCGUCAUGGCCUGGCUGGAAACAAAUGUCAGAGAAGUGCUACGGACGGUUGAUGCUGGUGAGCCCAUAGUGGAGGCAUCUGAAAGAAAGCGGAAGGUGCGGUACCAGAGCGCACCCAGAAAUAUCUACCGUCAUGUGAUUCUCUCCGAGAUGAAGGAAGCCACCGCGGCACUGCCUCUGGAAGUGACAUCCCAACCUGUGAUGGGGUUUGACCCUCUGCCUCCCCUGGAUUCCAUCACAUCUUACUCUAGACCAGAAAGGACAAACCACCUCUCCAAUGAAAGCACAUUAUCGCUCUUCUUUCGAUCCCUGUUGCCAAAUUUCAAUCUACAGGGAGACAUUCGAGCCGACGAAGGGGAGGAGGAGGCCGGAGCAGGGCGGGACCUAAACCAGGGUGUGAACAGACUGAUGGCAGCCAUGCGGGAUAUGCUCGCCAACAUCCAGUUCCAAGAGCCUCCUCGGGAGGACAACCCUGAUGGGGAAGGAGACUGGGACUAACCCCGGAGCCUCCUGACUCUUGUUGAAAUGCUGUAAAGUUAUGUUUAUGAUUUUUUUCGGGGGGGGCGGGGAGUUGAAAUGGAUUAAAUAGUUCUCUAAAGUAGAAGCGCUUAAUUUGUGAAGCC